GUGAUCCCUUAAGGAGAAAGAGAUGAGGCUGGGUACCUGUUGAUGCAAAAUCCCUCUUGGAAGGAAAGAAAGAUGCCUUCAGAUUUCCUAAGUCCUUUCUUGGAGUUGGAUGAUGCCCUUUGCAAGACUUUCCUGAGUCUGAACGUGGACGAAGACCUUCGAGCCGAAGCCAGGACACCACCAGGGUUCCAGCGCACUUUCUCAGCUUGCCCUGUGACCCUCUCAGCUUCUAGCCAGAGUGCCUCUGACUGCUUGGAUGGCACCAUUGCCCUGCAUGCCGUCUCUGACCAGGGUGAUCCUGUGUGGCCCCUCCAAGGGUCCUGGGACCGGGACUCAGAGCUGCCCCGCACAAGCUUGCAAGACAUCCCUUUCCGAGCAGAUCGCUCCGUGAGCCUGAUCGAGGGCUGCCGUGGCGAAGCCAAAGGGGUCUCCUCUCGCUACAAGACGGAGCUGUGCCGCACCUUUGAGGAGAGCGGAUCCUGCAAGUACGGCACCAAGUGCCAGUUUGCCCAUGGGGCUGGUGAGCUCAGGGGGCUCAGCCGCCACCCCAAGUACAAGACGGAACCCUGCCGUACUUUCCACACUUCUGGGAUUUGCCCAUAUGGUGCCCGUUGCCACUUCAUCCACAAUGCGGAGGAGCGGCGUGCACCGUCCCAGAGCCACCAGGUCCGACCCAGGAGUGCCCAGCUCCUGUGCCACAGGAUUAGCUCUGGAGGGUACUCCAUGGAGACCCUGCCAUCACCCUCUCCACCAGCUCCUCCGAGCCUCCACCUUUCUAAAUCCUUCUUUCCUUGCAAUGCUAUCACUCAGCCGCCUGCAGCCUGUUCGCUCUGCACCGGAGAGACCGCCCUGGUGACGUCCGUCCCGUUCGCCUUUCCAAACCUCUUGGUGCUUCAGAAGAGUCUUUCAGCAGAUUCCCUCUCGGACCAGGAAGAUUCGGGGAGCUCUGGAGGUAGCAGCGGCUCUGAAUCUCCGGGUCUGGGGCCUCUGGGGCGCCGACUCCCCAUCUUCAGCCAGCUGUCUGUCUCCAAUGACUGAAGAGACGGAAAGGUGGAGAGGAGAAAAGGACGAGUGCUCCUGGUAAAGGAGUGUCAUGCCUCCUCCUGAAGGAACUGAAGGAAGGAGUUCAGAGAGAAACAGCUGCUCUUGGUUUGAACAGUCACCCCAAAUUUUUUGGUUAAGUUGGUUUCUUUGCAAGUGGUGGGGAGAAGUUGCAGGCCUCUCUAGCUAGUGAAGCACCCAUGAGUCUGCAUACAUGUUAUCCUACCUUGUGAAAGCAAAAAUUGACUGGGGGAUGAUGGGAUUUGCAGUCCAGUGCACCUCUAUCAGGCUGUUCUCUUUCAUUUAUAGGAUUCCCAGGGACUAGAUUUUGGAACAAAGCACUGACUUUUCUCUGGCAAGGAAAGCAGAGGGCCAGCCUCUAGACCCAUUUCUGUUGGGGGACAAUGGGAUUUGCAAUCCAGGGCACCUGGGAAGAAAAAACAUACCAAAAGAGAAAUAGGGUUGGGUUUGUUGGUUUUUUCUUUUCAGUUUUGAAAUAGUGAACUGACAAAGUAUUGCUUUUUUGAGGCAAUUUUGAAGAAUGUGUAUAUUCUGUGGAUGGUGUAUAAGUUUUCGAAUGUCUGAGUCCUUUUGGAAAGGACCCAGGAAGGACAAGAGCAGUUGUACAAACUGGGGGUGCAUCUGCACUGUAGAAAUAAUCUAGUUUUACACCAUUUUUAAGUGCUGUUGUGCCAUCCUCUGGAAACCUGGGAUUGGCAGUUGUAUCUGGUUUUUAGCCUUCUCAGCCAAAGAGUGCUGGUGUCUUGCCAAACUACAAAUCCCAGGAUGCUGUAGAAUGGAGCCAUGGCAAUUAAAGUGGUGCCAAACUGCAUUAUUUCUACAAUGUUGAUGCAUCCUGGGUGAAAUGUUUUCUCAGGCCAAACACCCAAGUGUGACUUAAUUUUGAGGGUAAGAGGAAGUGGGGGGAGUUCCUACGUUUUGAUUGCAGUGCCCAGAAUCCUCCAGCCAUCACUGGCUGGAAAAUAUUGGGCACUGUAGUCCAAAGUUAGCAAUGUCUCUCAGCUUUCCAAGAGACUCGAAGGUGUUUUGAUCGUGGAAAAAACAACAUGGCAGCUGUUACGUGAUGUGACUUGUUUGGAUAUUGCAUCAUUUAUAACACCUUUGCACUGUGCAAGAUGGUGAAACGCAGCUGCUUUGACUUGCUCCCAUCUUCCUGAAUAUGGAUUAGCAAACAGAAGCCGAAAAGGAUGUCCUAAUGGAUUGGCAAUAAUCUUAAGAGAGUCAGCAUAGGGCUUAGUGGAAGGGGAUUCACUUCUGGUGAUGUUUACAUCCCCCCGCAUUUCUCAUCCUUCCCUUUUUAUCUCUGGUUGAACGGAAAAAGCUUGGAGUUUUGUUGCAGGACCGGAAGGUCUCCAAAACGCCUUCAUCCGUGGAACGACGGGAGCAUGUGUCGUCCCCCCAACUUUCAAGCCCCCCUUCCAGCUCUUUUAAUUUUUAAAACAUCUUGUCUGUCUCUAGCAUUAGUCCGUCUCAUCCCCUUAUUUCCCAGGCUUAUUUCCCCAGCCAGACCACCUGUGCCCUCGAAUCACCUCGAUUAACAGAUAACACUUUCUGUCCGGACAAGGUAAUCCACCCAUUGUCUUUGCAUGUCUGCAUGCGCCUGGGCGCGGGAGUUUUCUCAAUUGAAACCAGGGUGGUUUUCAGAGGCUUCCUCCUUUUUCCUCUUUUUGGAAAGGAUGAAACGGCACCGAUUUUACCCGUUGUGAAGAUAAGUGAAGCAAGAGUGUGUUUCUGCCUCCGCAUCUGUUUUCAAGUGCUGCCCAAGUGAGGUUGCGAGACUGAAAACUGGAGAGGGCUCCUGCACCUUUAAUGGUUGUGUAGAAAACAAAAUUUCGAUGGUAUUCAUUGUGACCUGGUUUCAUGACAAGCGACACCAGCCACAACUCCCUUUUCCUACACAACCAUUCAAGGUAGAGAAGCUCGGUCUGGUUUUCACUCCACAAACCCUAAGAGUGCAAGGAUUUGGGGGAAGCAGAGUUUCAUGUAUCCUCUAGCUUGGACAAUGUUGUAUUGCGUGAGCAAUACAAAGUGUCCAAAACUCUCUAGAGGACAUGGGUAGCAUUCUUGCCAUCUUUAGGACCACCUUUAGCCACUUUUGACCCAAUAGAUGCCUUUGCCUGAAACAGGGUGAGACUUCCCAUUAUUCCCUCUUGCUUGAAAAAAGGCCUUUCCUAGGCAUAAAAUAGCAAAGAGGGGCACCUAAAACAGGGCGAAAAUACCCCCUGGACUAUAGUGGGCAUUGGGGGGGGGGGUAAAACAUUCGAUGGGUUGUUUAUGGGGAUGACUCUCCAAAGUCUCCCAUGUGCCCCCAAUUUCCAACAUUGGCCAUCCUGGUGUAUCUGUCCUUCAUCCGGAGCCAUAAGUGUCAAUUUCUGCAGUUCGGAUCCUUCGAGGUUUCCACGAAAUGAGAGUUAGAUGCUUUGGGACUACAACUCCCAUUGGCCAUAGCCAACGAUGAGGACUGCUGGGAGGUGCAGUCCAGUGACACCUUGAGGAAUGCUUAGGGCAGAAUCCUUUGGAGCGUUACACCAGCGUAACUGUGAGUUAUGCCAGCGGUUGUACUUUUCCUACACACUUGCUCCUGCACCCCUUUACACAAGAAUUUCCCCAUUCAUUAAUAGUGCGUCCGAUGUUCAGGCGCAGCUCCAUCUCCCGCACAACCUGGAACAGUUUCUAGAAUGUUUUGGAAGAAUCCAGACUAUUCUGGAACGGUCCAAGAUAUUAAGUGGAAUUUAUGCAGAAAUUUCGCCUUAGAUAUACAUUUCUUUGCACUCUCAACAGAGGAGAUGUAUGUAUGUAUGUAUGUCCUAAAGACCUAAAAAUGUUGUAUUCAGGAACUAGAAGUCCGGGGAAAUAAGAAGUAAGCUCAGAAUUGAUUUUAUGUGGCAUAACUUAUAAUACUGAUUGUUUGAACGCUCCUUUGUAAAAUACCUAACACGGGAUAGUAAGUGCUCUCUAGUAUGCUGAAACUUGGAAAUUUGGUGUGAAAUGGUAUAUGAAGGUAGUAUGAUUUUGUUUCCAAGCUAUCUCUGCAAAAUUUCUGCCUGAAUUCUUAAUAUAUUGUAAGGUAUUUAUUGUGACUUUUUUUAAAAAUGAAAAACGUCAAACUAUUUCUGAUACUUGGAACCAAAUAAUGUUUUUUUUUCCUCCUUUUAAUAGAAGUAUAUAAACUGUUCUUAGUUUAUUAGCUGACUCUAAAAUGAAACCAGCGUCUGCCUUAAAUUUUCUCGGGGAAGGGUGAGAGAGAUACUGUAUUAACUUAUUUUGUCUUUAUUUAGAGAGAUCUGUCUUUGGUUAUUAAUAAGUAUGAACUUUUAAAAAGGAGUUGUCUGUAUUAUUACUUUGACUGUAAUAAAAUAUGAAUA